ACCAUGCCUCGUCUUUGUGUCUCAAUGCUGCUCUGGGUCGUCCUGCUGAGUCUCCUCUCUCGAAUAGGGGCUGAGGAAACAGCAGGAGGAGAAGGAAAAGCAGCAGAUUUGGGGCGUGAGAAGCGCAGCAUGCCCAACUGGGCUCUGACCUCCUCUGACUUCUUCGGCUGGGUGGAGGCUCUGCGCGAGUACGCUGGUUAUGAGAAGAUUGAAGACCUGUCCAGAACCUUCUGGGCACACUUCCCCUCCGCCAGCCGCCUGGGCUAUGAGCUGUCCGACCCUGACGAGGAGUGAGGAACCACAACCACAAAUAUAAAAACUGGUGAAGGAUCAGUUUAGCCUUUUUUAGAUCCAAAAGAAUACGUGUAUAUGGACAGGGGGACAGAGUAGGAAUGCUGAUCUAGGAUCAGGCCCCACUGUCCAUGUAAUCUGAUGAAUUGUGAUCUAAAAUAAAGAAACUGAUCCUAGAUCAGCACUCCUUCUCUGAGAGGCUUUAUGAUUACGGGACCAGAACUAGAACCAACAUCUCUCUACUGCAUGCAAGUAGUGUAGAAUAUAGAGGCCUACUCUAUGUCCUCAGAGGACCCUGGAAAAGACAUGCAUUGACACCUACUAAAGAGGAGAUAGGGAGGGGAUGGAAUGUCUGUUUGGAGGUCAUGUGAUGCUCAGUACUGUACGUGGGAUAGAGAACACACGUUGACACCAGAUCAGGCCUCUCAUACA